GUCCGAAACUGUCUCAUACUCUCAAUUCUCAUUAGUCUUUAAUUUUACUCUUCGGAUUAUAUGUAUUGUAUAUUAUUAUAAUCAUUUAUCACAAAUCCCUAUUCCCUAGUCUCUAUUUUGUAUUAAUCUACAUUAUAGGUACUAAAUAAUAAUUUAUUUAUAAUGUCAGAAAAAGAAGUAUCCGUACGUGGUAUGCCCAAAUGUGGACGAUUUUGGAAAACACCUAAAACCAAAUUUUCGUCCAUGAACAAAACAAAGGGUUUAAAGUUGUCUUUUGAACGUAAACAAAAACUAAGAGAAGAUAUAAAAAAAACUAGAGAGUUAUCUAGAGCUUUGAUUAAUGAAAGAAAUGCAGAAAACGAGGCUAGGAAAGAACGACGACGUGAAAAUAUCAAACGACGCGCAGAAAAUCAAAGAAAAUCUGAAAUUGUUCAAGUGAUUAAGAAUCCCGCCAAAAUCAAGAGAAUGAGGAAAAAAGCAAUGAGGCAAAUUGAAAAAAGAGAUACAUUAAAUAUUAAAUAAUAUUCUUAUUUUUGAAAUAUAACUAAUUAAUAAUUGUAAUAUAAAGUAUUCUUUAAAUAUAAUUUUUCAAAUUUAUUAAAGACUUAAUUAAUACACCAA